AUGAAAUGCCUACUCAAGGCUUUCGCGCUUUCAGGUCUAAUUUGUUUCGUCUAUUGCAACAGUUUGACAGAUGUUGACGUCAAAGGAGUGCCGAUAAGGGAACAGUUGAUGGGGUAUUUGUUUAAAAAUUACCAAAGCCACGAAAUCCCAGGCUCUUUCGAUAAAUCCACGACAGUGGUUACCGUCUACAUGACAAUAACUGAGAUUACAGCGGUGGAUGUGCGCAUGAUGGACUACACGACAUACCUCCUUCUGCGUCAGGAAUGGAGAGAUCCGCGUCUCGCGUGGAAUACCAUUCCACAUUUUCGCAACUACACCAAAAAUCUUGUUUCACCGAAACUAAAAGACAAACUUUGGCUGCCGGAUUUGUUCUUUCGAAAUGGCAAGGAAGGACGGGUUCACCAGAUGACUCUACCAAACUACCUAACGCGCAUAUCUCCGGAUGGAAUGAUUCUCUACAGCCAAAAAAUAACCAUGCGCUUUUCGUGUCAAAUGGACUUGAAGAUAUUUCCCAUGGACUCGCAGACCUGCCACAUCAACAUCGGUAGCUAUGGCUACAAUCUCAAAGAGCUGCGUUUUGUUUGGCGCGAAAAUGAACCCGUAGAGCUGGCCAAGGGCAUGCAGAUUGCUGAGUUUAACAGUCCUGAUAGAAUCGUGGCACAGGACUGCAAUGCCUUUCCAACAGCCGAGAACUCCUCCUGCUUGAACGCCACAUUCGUACUCUCGCGUCAACUCGGCUCGUGGUUUUCCAGUGUCUACAUCACAAACUUCCUCAUCGUAAUCGCCUCGUGGCACAGCUUCUGGGUGGAUAUAGACGCGCAACCGGCUAGGGUUGCUCUAGGUCUCUUAACCCUGCUCGGGAUGAUAACUCAGGCGUCGGGGAUAUCCCAGAACCUUCCACGCGUCUCCUACAUCAAGGCGAUCGAUGUCUGGAACAUCGCCUGCAUCACCUUCAACGUGGGCGUGCUCAUUGAGUUUGCGGUGGCGUCGAACAUGAGGAAACGGACUCGAAAGAAGCCGAUUCGCUGGAGGCUGAACGCGCGCGAGGCGCUACGCUGGGAGGUGGCAGGAUGGUGCUUGGCUUGCAGAAAGGCCUUCGUCCAGCGACAGGAACAUGGUGGAAGUGGCGAUCUGGAAAGCGAAUUGAUCAAUGCAAUCUACUCGGACGUCGCAGAUGGAUUGACUCUCUUUACUGCUGACGUACUACAGCCGGAAUUCGGAAGUCUUUCAGGUCCGAAAUUGGGGGAUACCGGUGACAUGGAAGAUGUUGAGGCUGAGAGUGAGGCGGAGGAAGAGGGUGUGGAGGCAGAAGAUGCGAGCAUUUCGGAAGGAGAAACUGGCGAUACCGAGACCAAGGUUAAGAGCCUGGAGGCAAAGAGGAUGCAUAAUCGACGAGUAUCCAAAAUCGAUAUUUACAGCCGGGUCCUAUUUCCCUUGUGCUUCUUUAUCUACAACUGCUGCUACUGGUGUUAUUAUUUGGUUUUGAAUUACCAGAACCACGAGCGGCCUGGCGCCGCGACCAAGGAGCCGUCAGUCGUCGUCGUCUACAUAACCGUGACAGCGAUUACCUCCGUGGACGUGCGGAUGAUGGAGUACACCGCCGACAUGAUGCUUCGACAGGAGUGGAGGGACCCGCGUCUGGCCUGGGACAAGCACCCCAUCUUCAAGCAGUUCACGAAGAACCUCGUUUCGCCCGAGCUCAAACAGAAGCUCUGGCUGCCUGACCUCUUCUUUCGCAACGGCAAAGAAGGACGCUUGCACAAGAUGACCAUGCCCAAUUACCUGACUCGAAUCUCGCCUGAUGGCAACAUCCUGUAUAGCCAGAAAAUUACAAUGCGGUUUUCGUGUCAAAUGGAUCUAGCCAACUUCCCUAUGGACAGCCAGGACUGUACCAUGAAUAUUGGGAGCUAUGGGUAUGAGUAUUCUGAGUUGCAAUUUGUAUGGCACAACGACACUCCCAUUUCCAUGGCUCCAGAUAUGCAAAUCUCCGAGUUCAACAGCCCUGAAAAUGUCAUCUCGUACGAUUGCAGCGCCGAGUCCUCUACAUCCACGGGAAACUACACUUGCCUUGAGAUCAGCUUCACCCUCAGGCGGGAGUUGGGCUCGUGGCUGUCGAGUGUGUACAUUCCGAACUUCCUCAUUAUUGUCGCCUCGUGGCACAGUUUCUGGGUGGAUCUGGACGCGAAGCCGGCGCGUGUGACCUUGGGACUUCUCACCUUGCUCAGUAUUCUCACGCAGGCUUCAGGAGUCGCAUCUAGCCUGCCCAGAGUCUCCUACAUAAAAGCCAUCGACGUCUGGAACAUAGCAUGCAUCAUCUUCGACGUGGGUGUGCUAAUCGAGUUCACGAUCGCCUCACACAUUGCCCGACGAAUCAAAACCGAGGACUGGAAGGACGACGUGCGCAACGCCGUGCGUUAUGAAUUGUCGCGAUGGUGCACGACGUGUCAACAGGUCUUCUACCAGAGGGGACCCUCAGCGUCGGGAAUAUAUUUCUCCUCCGCGGGCUAUCCCGACGCAAGUCCCAGAAAGUUCAUUGAUUCUGCCAAUGCCACAGCACUUGCCCUGAAGCGCGGGAAGCUGGAAUUUUGCGAGGAGAUGGAGAGGAUCCUGAUCGAGGUCUUCUUGCCGGAGGAGAUGAGCAAGUCGAGAAUCUUUCCGACAGACAAGAAACAAUACAAAUCGGAGCACCCAGCCAUCACCGAUGCCCUGAACGCUGCCUUGUUGCCGUCCCUGGGCGACGAAGAAGACUUCCCAGUGCCGAAGAGCGACGAACUGCCCACACGCAAGCCGAAGAAGAUCUCCGAAAUCGACGGCUACAGUCGCUUCCUCUUUCCCGCGUGCUUCCUGCUCUACAACUGCUUCUACUGGCUCUACUACCUUGUCCUCGUGCACAAUAUGUGA